CUCCUCCAACAUCCUCAGCGCUUUGAACGUAACAGCAAACCACUGGAAACCACUGGCAGACUACCGAGGGCCAACCAAAUGAGUCGGUCCCCAGACAUGUAAUAAGUCCAGUCCUGGAUUGAACCGAAUUUGGCUUUCAAUGGUAAAUUUCCAUUCAAAACACACUUUAGGCAUGGGCACUGCUCAGAGCGUGGCUGGGGGAAAACCCUGAAAGGUAUUGGUAAUUGGUUGCAUAUUCUUGUGCUCAAUAACUACAUUCAGUCCAUGACCCACUUACUCUGUCACCAGAAUAAUUAGUUUCCACAUUUUAAAUACUUUGCCAGGCCACCAUUGCAGGUUUGGGUUUGCGAAGAGCAUUCUCUCACUUUACUUGAUCCAACAGUAAAAACUUCUCAACUCUUCUCCUUUGUGACCUUCUGACAAACUCAUUUAGGUCACCUUCUUGAAUUGGACGAAGUUUGGAUUCCUCAAUGCAGUUUUGUCUGCCCGAAAGCUGCUGAACUGCCUGAAUUGAAAACCUUCAGCCACAAAUUUAUUUUCAUAUCAAUCAUGUUGUGUCCCGUUUGAACACAUUUCUAGUUUUGAUUAUCCAAAAGCAGAUUUCAAUAAAGCAUAGAAAGCAACUCGAUGCUUGUUGUUUAGGGGAAAUUAUUGUGGUAGUAGUUUGUGGAAUUGUCAUUAAGGCAGCUAAUGAGGCAUUUGUAAUCGAUAACCAGACCUUCUGUUUCACAAGCAAACUCGGCUCACUGGCAUGCAACAUGACGCACUUCCCUCUGUGGCAGUGGAGCAUCAUAUAAUCAACAUUCAUGAAGCUGGAAAACAGAACCAUAAGUUGACCAUCUGUACAGUCGUGCUAUCCAUAACCCUAACCCGUGCUAUCCAUAGGCAUAGACCAUAGACCAUAAUGCACUCGUAAUGCAGAGGUUGUUCUGCAGUUAAAAAAAAAAAAAAAAAUGUUUUUCAGUUAAAAUGAACUAAAGCUAAAUCAUAUUGAUCUGUAAAAAAUCAACAUCCAACAACCAGGAGAUUAUUCUAGAAGCCAUUUAACCUCAGAAGACCCACAUAUCACCCAGUGGCUAUCUAUUUAUCUUUUUUUUUUGUACAACCUCACAGUGAACUUUGUCGCACCUGUUCAGAAACUGGAGAGGCGUGAAAACCGAGUUAGCUGUCUAAAGCCACCACAGUGGGACAGUCAAAUGUAUGAAGCCUUAUCCACACUAAAAUACAAACAAGGCUUUAUUUUUAGGCAUUAAGCAUCCAGCUCCUCAUAAUAGUCUCUUUAGUGGGGUGAGGGGGUGGGUCGGGGGAUUGGACUUGAUAAACGGGACACAGAUGUUAAAGUGUACUGGCCAAUGGUAAGGAGAAGUGGGCUGGAUUGGAGCACACUCCACAGGUCCGGUCUUUUAAAACUACUCUGAGAAACAUUUAAUACUCAUAAGACAGUACUUAAAGACAAAGCAGCCAGGACCAUCUUUUAUUAACUUAUUUUUCAAAGUCUUUACUUAAAGACUACUACCUUUCAACCAGAAUUAAAGAGAGUCACUUUCAAGUGCGUAGAAUAAAAGAUAUUCACAAAAACAUUUCUCAUGAGAGUGGCACCAUGUGGGACUUUAGAAUGGUGACCUUACUUCUGCCCUUUCUUUUCUCUGACAACUUUGCACAAGGAACCAUAUGGGACAAACUGGAGCUUGGAAAGUGGAGCCAGACAGACAGGAACAGGAAACAGGCCUACAACAGCCUCUCCGAUCACCAGACCACAGGGGUGACGGAGUGGACAUCCUGGUUCAACAUCGACCAUCCAGGGGGCAACGGAGACUAUGAGCGCUUGGAGGCCAUCCGUUUUUACUAUAGAGAGAGGGUGUGUGCCAGGCCGGUGGCCAUGGAGGCACGCACCAGCGACUGGGUCGCAGCCACAGACACCGGGGAGGUGGUGCAUUCCAGUCUGGACAAGGGCUUCUGGUGCAUCAAUAAAGAGCAGAUCUACGGCCGCAGCUGCUCUAAUUACCAUGUGCGCUUCCAGUGUCCACCAGUCAAUGCCUACUGGACAGACUGGGCUGACUGGGGUCCGUGCUCAGCCACGGCCUGCAAUGACGUCGGCAUCCAGGUGCGCCAGCGGAAAUGUGUGUCCAAAGAGCCCAUGCCUCUGCUGUUAACCCCGGCCUGCCACGGAUCCCACAUUGAAAGGAAGGAAUGUUCAACUCCCCCGUGCCAAGCCAGGUGGGGCCCAUGGGGUGCCUGGGGCAGCUGCUCCGUCACCUGUGGUGGAGGACGGCGGAGCCGGCGCAGGAGCUGCAUCAGGUCUUCAGACACAGUCCGCUGUGAGGGACGGCCAGUCGAGAUUCAGAAGUGUGGGAAGAAGCCAUGCCCAGUGGCAUGCCAGCGCGUGUGUCCAGAGGGUAGGCCCAGUGAUGACUGCAGCCGCUGUGUGUGUGAAGGCCAUCUGCUGCAUGGUGAGGUCCUCUCUGCUACAGGGGUACCAGUGGCUGGGGCCCAGGUGGCUCUAGCAAGCCAACCCAACCUCAUCCGUGCUCGCGCCAACACCAAGGGGCUCUUCAAAGUGCCCGGGCUGUGCUCUGGCUCUACGACGCAACUCAUCAUCAGCAAGGAGAAAUUCGCCCCCCUCACCAUCUCCACUUUUAACAACGGCAGUAAGACGUCCUGGGUCCAUGCUGUCUUGAAGUCUUCAGAAAAGCCGCGCAUUGUGAAACACCCUGAAGACAAGGUCAGAUAUGAAGGCCAACGUGCAAUCCUCUGCUGCAAGGCCAUGGGGAGUCCCAAACCGGAGAAAUAUCAAUGGUAUCAUAACGGAUCACUGCUAGACUGGAAGGAGUACAAAUAUGAAGAAGAUCUGGUCCUCCGAGACUUGAAAGUAGAACAGUCGGGCCAAUAUUACUGCAAAGCCAUCAGUCAGACGGGCAGCAUCAAGUCCUCUCAAGCUCUCCUCACUGUUAUGGGUAAAGACACACCAGCAUGCAAGGCCACACCUGAGUCCCACCUGGUUAAACUGCCCCAAGAUUGUGUACAGCCCAAGACAGACUCCAAGUUCUACAACGCUGGCCGGUGUCCACAUAAUAAAUGCGCGGGCACUUUGGACUAUGACAUGCGCUGCAGGGACGCAGGUGGAUUCUGUUGCAGUGUGAAGACCAUGGAAACCCGGCAGAUAAACUGCGGCCGCUACUCGUUACCCAUCAAGAUUGUGACUGAAUGUGCAUGCCAAAGCUGUGUGGAGCCCAAAGUGUUAGUGCGUGGAAGAGUGGUGGCAGCAGAUAAUGAUGAGCCCCUGCGCUUUGGACACAUUUUCAUGGGGAAUGAGAGGGUGGGGACCACUGGAUUCCAGGGUGGCUUCACUGUCCAGGUGUCUCCAGGUGUGAAGAGACUGGUUGUGAACUUUGUAGACCCUGCAGAGAAGUUUAUCGACACAGUCAAGGUGUUCAUCUUUGACAAUAAAGGAGGAUCUGUCUACCACGAUGUCAAGGUGAUGCGUAAGGUGGAGCCCAUUGAUAUAAAUGCAGGUGAGACAAACACCAUUUACCUGGGAGAAAUGAAAGGAGAGGACCCUAUUGGCCAGCUGGUCAUACCUCCAAACUCCUUCCACAAAAACACAGGAGAGGUAUAUGAAGGUACAGUGAAAGCCAGCGUGACGUUCAUAGAUCCAAGGAACAUCACCACAGCAGCUGCAGCUCCAGGCGACCUCAACUUUGUAGACAAUGAAGGAGACACACUACCACUAAGAACAUAUGGGAUGUUUUCUGUGGAUUUCAGAGACGAGGCAAACCAGGAGGUCCUUGGAGCAGGAGCAGUGCAAGUGCUACUCGACACGCAGCAUGUCAAAAUGCAAGAGCACAUCCCCACCAUGAAGCUGUGGUCACUCAAUCCAGACACAGGCAUAUGGGAAGAAGAGAGCAAUUUCCAUUAUACAAAAGCAGCCACUGGUGGAAACGGGAGGAGUAAGCGGGAGGAGCGAACCUUCCUGAUUGGAAACAUGGAGAUACGGGAGCGUCGUCUCUUCAACCUGGACGUGCCGGAGAAUCGCCGUUGCUUUGUGAAAGUGCGAGCGUACAUGAGUGACAAGUUCCUCCCCCACGAGCAGCUGAAGGGUGUGGUCAUCAGCCUCAUAAACCUGGAGCCUAAACCUGGUUUCUCAUCCAACCCAAGGGCAUGGGGCCGCUUCGACAGUGUGAUAACAGGGCCUAAUGGCGCUUGCCUGCCAGCCUUCUGUGAUGCUCAAACGCCUGAUGCCUACACAGCGUAUGUCACUGCCAUUAUGGGAGGUGAGGAACUAGAGGCAGCCCCGUCAACACCCAAAAUGAAUCCAAACAUCAUUGGUGUGUCCCAGCCAUAUUUAGACAAGUUAGAUUAUCAACGGUCAGAUCACACAGAUCCUGCACUUAAAAACACUGCCUUCAGGAUUAACUUGGCCAAACCAACUCCAAACAAUGUGGAUGAGAAUAAUGGCCCGAUAUAUCCCUAUCAGAGCAUGAUAGCGUGUGAGAACGCACCAGUAGACGCCAACCACUUCCGUUUUUUCCGUGUGGAGAAGGACAAGUAUGAAUACAAUAUGGUGCCAUUUGAAGAGAAUGAUCUGACUACAUGGACAGGCGACUAUAUGUCAUGGUGGCCUAACCCUCAGGAAUUCAGAGCAUGCUACAUCAAGGUCAAGAUCCAUGGGGCUACUGAAGUGAUGGUGAGGUCGAGAAACUUGGGAGGCACGCACCCACAGACGAGAGGCCAGCUCUAUGGUUUAAGGGACAUCCGCAGCACUCGCGACAUGUUAAGCCCUAACACAUCGGCUGCAUGCCUGGAGUUUAAGUGCAGUGGAAUGUUAUUCGAUCAAGCCACAGUCGACAGGUCCGUCAUAGCUGUGCUUCCACAGGCCAACUGUCGACGUACAAACACCAACAGUCUCUUGCAAGAGUAUCUUAUCAAGCACCCUCCUGUACUGCAAAACAAUGAGUCACAUGCCUUUAGUAUGCUAGCUCCUGUCGACCCACUGGGCCACAACUAUGGUAUCUACACUGUGACAGACCAGAAUCCACGUGUUGCAAAGGAGAUCGCCAUUGGACGGUGUUUUGACGGAACCUCAGAUGGCUUUUCCAGAGAGAUGAAGGCAGAUGCCGGAGUGGCGCUGACAUUCAGUUGCCCAAAGAGAACUGUAAACAGGGAAAGCCUUUUUCAGCGACUUCAAACCAACCCGAGUCAGACCCUGGCUCAAAUGGGUCGUGACAUGAGAGAAUCAGAAGGCAUUCAAGUCAGAAGGGGGGCCACCCAGGUGGUGGGGUACCCCUCGGGUCAGCAAGGCAGGCCCCAGAACCGCAGGGCAACCAACAGGAGGAGAGCUGUGGUGCGAACACGGUCAAGGCAGUAGAUCUGCGCUUGGGUCUUGGAGUAACUAUGGUGCCAAUGAAAUCAUGAACGUAAAGAUGGAAAUUCUAUCAUGCUCUUUCAGUCUUGUAAUUUUGGAUGUGAAUUUCUUCUGUACUGUAAAUGCUGAAACUGACAGCGCAACAAUAGGUAAAAAUAUACAUAGACAUUCCCUCGAAUACACCCCGAAUGGCUCCAAUCCUUCAGAACUUCCAGAAAGUCAAAACAAAAGUUCUUACCAAUUUGCUGGGUUAUCAUGGUUCGAACCACAUGAGGGAACAUGUUUGAAAAUGUAUUUAUUUUUCUGUAUCAUUGCAUCAAAGACAGUUCGGUCUGUCCUCUAGCAGAGUAAGUAUGAAACUAUCAAAGUCUACGGUCAGCUAGUUCAUUAUAUAAUGGCCACAUGAAGAAUUGAAAAGAACAGUACUGUGGAGAAAAACAUGCAGCUUUAUCCAUAACCCCUGUAAAUGACCCUGUCCCUCCUAUUAUACAGUCCCUGCAACUGGCCAACUUCACUUAGAACAACUCUCCAAAAGAAUGGCUGAGAUGUAGAACCAGUCCACAGAAGCAAGGAGUUCUAUUUUUACAUCAUGAAGUCAGCGAGUCUAAUUCUCAGGCUAAAUGGAUUGCAUACUACUAUUAUGCAUGGAUGUCUUUAUUUGUCUCUUGAAGUGCAAUACUUUUUCUAAUACUGACUUGAGAAAUAUCCUACCCAAUGAGCCACUAGGCAAACUCAAUGAGCCAGGCAAACUUGGCUUUGAUGUACAAUAUAUGUGUUGGGAUAUGUAGCACCUAUAUAUUACUAGAAUGACAACAAUAACUUAUGACAUAUUAUGGUCACCAUCGCUGCAUAACUUAUGACAUAUAAUGGUCACCAUGGCUGCACAUUUGGAAGCUUCUUGGCAUACUUCUAAUUUAAAUCUAUCCUCAUGAAAUGGAUUAUAGAAGUAGACUACAGACAUUGUAUGUUCUUCUGUGUGUUGGUUCUUUUGAUGUUUUUAAAGAGAAAAAUGGUUCGGGUCCAGUAAUGAGGGUAAAUUAAAGAUCAUGGGACACACACACACACACACACACACACACACACACGUUGUUUGUCCUUGUUACAAUCACCCUAAUGCCCCUCUGCUUAGUGGGGAGGCUCACUGGACUGAGCUAAUCUAGACUCAGAGGAUUACUUAUUAUGGUCUAAAGAGGAAUCAAUUUGAUUUGGUAAAUAAAUACCAACCCUAUUGCCCGAUCUGUUACAACAAAUUAUAUUCUCUCUAUGGAUACCCACAACAACUUGAGGAAAACUUUACUUCAAUAUAUAUUUACAUCCGAUAGUUGAUAUACUUCGCAAUAUUUGGCUCACCAACUACCACUGAAUCACAUUAACAGUUAGUAUGGGUAAAAGUCAGGCUGUUGACCACUGUGUUCUGAACCAAUUCAUUCUUGUCAGCUGUUAACAAGCAUGUGUACUGGUCUACAGUAUAAAUCAUAGAACUACCUAGUAUGUACCCUAGGGUCAGUACCCUAACCCUAAUCCUAGUAUGCUGACACACAAUCACUGUCUAAAGAACAACUAUUUAACAACUUAUGAAUGUCUCCCAGUGGUAGAAAAUAAAAAUAGGGUAAUUGCAUUUACUAAAUUGGCAGUAUGCUUGCUUUGCUUUUUCUAGUUUCCAUGUAGGUAGGUCCUAAACUAGCUUUAAACAGGGACAGUAAAAGACAGUAAAAGAAAAAACCUGAUCAACUGAACUGCGCCAUGUAUGACCCCAAGUAAGUCACUCUUUUUCAUUCUCCUCAGUGUUUACUUGUACUGGUACUGCGCUUGUUGGAUUUGAGACGUAAUGAGCCAUUAGUCUGAUACAGCACAGGAUGUCAGUUGGCCCUUAUUUGGCAUUCUAUUCCAUCUGUGCCAUUACUUUGAGUACAAGCAUCUGUUCUCUUUUCAACUGUCUAGCUGUCUCAGGGAGACUAUAACUUAUGCAGGAAUAUCCUCUGGCAAAAUCAAUCUUGGACCAUUCCACUAUUGUCUAGGCUAUAAAGUAAGAGUUGUACAGUUGCCACUGUGCUCUGGAAGUCUUCAGCCAUUUAAAAAAAUAAAUAUAAAAAUAAUUAAAUGCCUGGGAACUCCAUGUUAAUCAUUAUGUAACAUAUACUGCAUGGCAUUGCCCAAUUUUUCACUACUUUAAUACAGUUCUGUGUAUACUGUAAAUUGAACAUUGUAUUCAUUGACAAAUGUUCAGAGAAACUGUAAAUAAACUUUCUUUAAAAAAAAAGAAGAUCUCAUUAAAUUGCAUAUUAAUAAUUAGCACCGGACUCCACAGCAGCAUUGCACCAGCCUCAUUACACUGAACACCAAACAGCUUGUUUCAUUCUGUUUAUUACAACUAAAUUACAGCAAAAUAUUAUUCUUGAGUUAAGAAACACUUCUGACAUACACUAUGAUCAAUCAACUAUUGUAUAUCCCAAACCAUCC